GUUAAUCGUGUCGCUUUCUUCUUACCUCUCCGGAAAUGGGGAAAUAUAUUUCCAGAUUCUGUUUUGGAUGCUCUGUGAUCCUUUUUUUGCAUUCCAAUUUGGGGAGUUUAAUGCUGCUUUUUGGCUAUUGAGAUUGUUAAGAUGGAUGAAUUGAGAAAUGGUUUUAUUUUAGAUGGAUGAUGAAAGUAAUACCUUUUUAGGAUAAUUUGGUUGAAAUAGAAUUAAGUGAUUUAGAUUUUUGCAAUGGAGAUAAGAAAUAGAGCCAUUAGCUUGCCAGAUAAAAUUAGUUGAACGAGAUUAAUAGUAGAUUUAGGCUGAUAGAUAUUUGAAGGCGUAUUGGGGGGAAGAAGAUGGUGGCUGCGGAAGACAGAGAAACAGAGGAUGUUGCUGUUGCUCCCAAUAAAGAGGAGCUACAGGCACCGAAACCUAGUUCUAGACAGGCAGGAGAUGAGAUUGGAAACAAUUCCAACUAUCAGGCCUAUCCUGAAGCAUUAGCCAGCUACCAAGAUGUUGUUGAGAGUAAAAAAUUAUUUAUGGAAUCACUUGAGAAGUUACAUCGCGCAAUGGGAACCAAGUUUAUGAUCCCCACUAUUGGAGGAAAGGAGCUUGAUCUACAUCAGCUUUUCAUGGAGGUUACAUCUCGAGGUGGUAUUGAAAAGGUUAUUGGAGAUAGAAGAUGGAGAGAAAUUACAAAUGCUUUCAACUUCCCAUCUUCUGCGACAAAUGCAUCAUUUGUCCUUCGAAAGUACUACAUAUCCUUAUUGCGUCACUUUGAACAAGUUUAUUUCUUUAGAGCUAAAGGAUGGUCUAUUCCUUCCUCUGUUUCUCUAAGCACAACACAAGCUUCCAUCUUUCAACCUGACAUUCAAUCUGCCAAGCGUAAAAGAAGGAAAAGCAGUGGAGAGAUUGCACUGGCAGGCCAAGCACUGCCCGAAAACCGCACAGUGGUCGGAGUUAUCAACGGAAAAUUCGAUGAUGGCUACUUCAUCACCGUCACAGUCGGCACGAACAAGCUUAAAGGCAUCCUUUUCAAUGCCACACCGCAAAAUGCAGUUGAAGUCCCAGUUUUUUCAGGAAUGAACGCCAACAGUAGUCCAAUGGUCAGUCACCGUCGACGACGAAGAAAGAGGAUCAGCUCAAGGGAUCCCUCACAUCCAAAGCCAAAUAGAAGCGGUUACAAUUUCUUCUUUUCAGAGCAGCAUGCAAAGUUGAAGCUGAUCCAUCAAGGGAAAGAUAGAGAGAUCAGCAGAAUGAUUGGUGAUCUAUGGAACAAUUUAACAGAAGCAGAGAGAGCUGUUUAUCAAGAGAUCGGCUUAAAAGAUAAGCAAAGAUAUCAAAGUGAGCUGGCUGAGUACAAAGAGAAGCAGAGAGAAGGCCAAGUUUUGACUCAUGUGAUGCCAAUUCAGCAGCUACCAGCUGAUCCAAGAAGCAUUGAAUUGGAAAAUAUGAAUUUGAAGGAGGCAGAUGAUGCUAAUAAUAAGCUUUUUGAGGAUGGUGUUGAUACUAUUGAAGAGAAAUCAGAUGAGGAUUCAGAAAUGCAAAUUUCAUCAGAAGCAGGAGCAGCUGCAGUGGAAUCUGAUAUGGAACGUCGAUCGGAGAUUGAUGCCGAGAUGGCGAGCAAAAGUGAUGCUCCAGUUUCUGGUAAUGAUUUGGAGUUUGCAGAGACAUCAUCAGACAAGCAGUAAGCUGAAAGUGCACAGAACUGAUUUGCGUUGUUUUUUUUUAAUUAUAGGCGCAGAAGAAGCUAAUUUGAAUGAUACUUUUUUAUCUUUUUUUUUUUUUUAAUAUAUUUCACUUUUCUAACCGUAUGACAAGCCUUUUAAGGUAUUUCCUAACCUGGUUAAAAUUUCUUAAUUUUUGACAAA